AUGCGUAACUCCCCCGCCGUCGUCAACCCGUACACACAAGGUGGCUUGCGCGAUAACCUCAGCGGACCCAAGGCUGGCGCAGGAUUUACCCCCGGUGCCUCCUUUGGCCGUCAACAAAACCCCUCCGCGAGCAAGACCGUGUACAGGAUACGCCACCAGCUACCCAAGCCACCUGCAAAGAAGCAGAAGGUUGCACACGACCCGGAAGAUACUGGGGAGGUGGUCUCCAGGUACUUCCACCCGUCGCAGGUGGGCGCAGUCGAUGCGACUCCGGCCAAGGGCAAAGGCAAGGCGCGCGGCCACUCGGCCUCCUCCCCCACCUUCGUCCCCGACUCGGACGAAGAUCGCGAAGACCGCCAACUCCAAUACCCUCCCUCCCGUUCCCGUUCCCGCUCCCCCGGACCUACACUUAAACUGAAGACGAAAGCGGCCGCGAACGGGGUAGUCCAAUCGUCCUCGCCGGACCCGCUCGACCUCAUCGCCCAGAAGUCCGCGGGCCCGCACCCCUUUGAAACACCCGACGCGGGCCCGUCGCGGCUGCCCCAGGACGGCUGGUCCACGCAGCGGUUGCGUGCCCGACAUGCGCAAACGAAGAAGACGGUGGGCGGCGACAUCGAGGACGACGAAGUGCAGGAACUGCGCGUCGUGGACGUGGACGAUAGGACGAGCGAUAUCGACGUGUUCUCGGACGACGAGGACCCGCUGCAGCGAGCCCGCGCGACGAGGAACGCGACGCCCCGCGGCCGCCACAACAUCCCGCCGGGGGUGGUCAAGAAGAACAGAUCACAGUACGAGGGCGUCGGUACGAUGGCUGUUAGAGAAAGGAAGGGAUCGCCGGUGCGGGUGGGUGCGACAAACACGAGGGCGAACCCGGAGAGAGAUAAGGUGAUACCGUACAUUAACCUCAACUUGCUGGAGCAAAGGAAGUCCGGGUCCGCGGGGGGGCCAAGCGCGACGGGGAGCGCGAUGGCAAAUCGGACGCUCGUGGGCGGGAUGAUGAAGAGGAAUGGGACCACCAAGGUAGCGCCAGAGCCGAAGAAGCCUCGAAGUAGGGGCUUGGCGGCAGACGCGCUCCCUUCGAUAGGCGGGGAGGAGGGUUGCCAGCUAGACCCCGUCGCGACGACGCCGUCCGGGUUCGCAGGCACCAAGGGGAAACCACCAAUGAAUGCAUUGCCGUUGCUCGCCUACUCUUUGGGUGUCGACCUUACUAGCAAAGACGACUUCACUGUCGUCGCCUGGCUCAGCUUGCAGAAUGCAAAAAGCCCUCGGAAUACCUUGAUAUUGAAGCUGUUCGAGGUGAACAGCAAGACUUCCCUAAUCGAAUUUUCUCUUGACCGCGAUUUCGAUUCAAUGGAGUACACUACCGACAAAAAAGACCAGUGGCCAAAUGACUCUGUACUGCUCAUCAAGCUGCAAUCUACGAAGGGGAUUAGACUGAAGAAACAGAUCAACUUCAAACCCGGUGACCAGCACGCCCAAGGCCACGUCACGUUCAGAUUUCUCCACCCACACGCUAACCUCAACGGCUCCAGUUACGGCGAGCUUAUCGCCAAACUCAAGUCGCAGAUCCAAGACAACUCACUGCUGGACUCGGCGGGCUCAAAAGCAUGCUGGGAAGCUGUGGAGAAUGCGGCGGCCAUGCGAGCGUCCGGCACUCGUACGAAGAAGGCGCGCUCGGUAGCGGCGACAGCGGCCGCGUCGUCGUCUCGUGUAUCACCUGCGUCGGCCUCAGCGUCUGCCACCGUGUCGAACAGCGAGACCGCAUCGGCACGUGGCGCCUCAGAACGGCCUUCUGUGCCAGCCCCCCCACGGAGCAAAGCGUAUACGUCGGCGCGGAAGUCGGCGCGGCUGCAGCCAAGGUCGCCGUCACCUGAUCUUGAUGAGAUUGCGUUGGUGUACCCCCCGCUCGGAAAAGGCGCAGUCAACAUCACUAGGGGAGAUCUGAAAAGACUGGAUGCUGGACAGUACCUCAACGACACUCUGAUCGAGUUCGGACUGAAGCUUUGGCAAGAUGGCCUGCGGAAAACGAACCCAGAGCUCGCCGAUUCGGUGCAUGUAUUCAACUCGUUCUUCUAUAAAAUGCUCAGCACGGAUAGCAUAAAUGUCACUUAUCCCACCGUGCGCAAAUGGACUUCGAAAGUAGACAUCUUCAAGAAGAAGUACAUCAUCGUUCCGGUCAACGAACACUUUCACUGGUACCUCAUUAUCAUCGAGAACCCUGCCAACAUGCUGCAUCCUCCCCCACCGGCUCACCAAGCACCUUUCACCCGGAAACGGAAGCGCGACUCGCAAGCCAACGACGAUACCCCUCCUGAAAAGGACGACAAGACGGCAGACGUUCCCGCCCGGGAACUCCACCACGAUGACUUCAAGGAUGAGUGGGAGCGCGGCGGGUCGUCGAAGCAGCCGUCCGAGGCGCCAGAAGACGGGGACCGAAUGCAUGUCGACGGCGAGCACCGGAGCGAGUGCGCGGUCGAGGACCUCCUCAGCAGCAACAUAAGCCAGUCUUGUACAAUCUCGGAGCCAAGCCCGUCAGCGUCCACGGAGGUGACGAAGGUAGACGACCUGGUGCUGGUGUAUCCAUGCGAGGAGCACAUGGACGUGGACGUGGAGGCCUUUGUGCCGCCGCCAGUCGCGGAGAUGGAGACAGAGAUUAGGAAGGAGGCGGAGAAGGAGAAGGAAGAGGGCGAUGCCACUCCACAGAAGGCUGACAAGGGUGGUGAAAAGGGGAGCGGUGAGACCGCGACGGCGAGACCAUCUGAAGAAGUCGUCGAUGCGGUCAUGGAGGAGUCCAAGGAGGGUCAAGAGGCCAACGGUGACGAGAAACCGAACGAUCUAAGCGCAUACACGGAGUUCGACCCCGCGAAGUACCCGAUAUGCACAAUAUUCACCUUCGACUCGUUGGGUACCGGCCACCCCAAGGCUGGCGAACGCCUCUCGGCGUACUUGCGCCACGAGGCUGUGGACAAGCUCAAGCAUCCCUUCGAUGAAACAUGCGUCGGCAAGUACAAGAAGGCGCCGUGCCCCAUCCAGAAGAACUUCUGCGACUGCGGCCUGUUUGUGAUGGCGUUCGUCGACGCAUUCAUGCAGGACCCCGAGAAGGCGAGCGAGGCCAUCCGGAAGGGCACCAAGAUGACGUGGUGGACGGAACACGAGCCCGACGGCGACCUCCGCGAGGUGUUCCGGGGCAAGACGCUCGAGCUCUCAGACGCGUGGUGCACGGCAAAAGAGGCGGCGAAGAAGGACGAAGAGAUGGCCAAGGCGAAGGCGCUCUCGACCGAGAAGGAGAAGGAGAAGGCGAGGGAGAAGGAGAAGGAGACGGAGACGGAGAAGACUGCCAGCAAGCCCGCGUCGCUAGUCGCGAGUGACUCGGACAAGGGCACGGGCACGGGCAAGGGCAAGGCGGUCGAGCCGGCGGUCGUCGUGGACGACUCGGACGCGGACGCGGGCUCGGACUCAGACGUCCAGAUCGUCUCCACGUCGUCUCCCAAGAAGAAAGGACCAAAGCCAAGGCCGAGGGCGAGGGCGAAAGUGUUGCGGAUGCGAGGAUGA